AUGGCUAAUGAAGUAAAGCACAGGAAGAAAGGCUCAUCAUCCAAGCAUGGCAAUGAUGCCCAGCGCAAUGCCCCUUCAACAGGGCAGCAGAUCCAGGAUGAAGAGCCCAAGAAGGCCAUGGUGGGUUCUCCAGUCAGCAGUCAGACACCUGCCAGUCUAGAAGUGAGGACAGUGCUGUGCCUGCUGUGUGUGGCAAUCUGUGGAGGUCUAUCAUGGUAAGAUGUUCUAUUCAGAAUGUGGACACUGUUAUGUUGUGUCCUGGAGUGUGAAGGCAAUUCUAUAAAUAUCACAGUGGCACAUACUUGUUUCAAUUUAGUCUUUAGUUUCCCAAAUCAUUCAAGAAAUAGAAAUUGUAUGUCGUCUAUAUAAUGCCGUUUGAUCCAUGUAUACUUUUUGUGGUCCUUAUUGUAAAGUGUAAGUCGUUAAACCAUGCAAGGAGCUUCUGUUAGCUUCCCUGAGCUAAAGCUAUUGUCCAGGGAGGCUGUCUGAGCGUAUAUUAGGCUUGAGAGUGUAUGGCUUUAGUGGUUAUGGUGCAUGGAGCUUUCUUUAAGGUAUUUUGUAGUUCAUUGAAAAUAGUGUAUCAUUUGUAUUGAAAAUACAUUUUAAAAUAUUACCGUUUUUAACUUAUUCUAUGUCACAAUUUGGUGUAUUCAUGUACCACUUUUCAGAUAAAUCAUUUGGGUAAGCAAUGGGAAUGCUGUAGCUUAGUUUACACUAAAAUUAUUUUGAUAUCACCAGUCUUUGACAUCUAAUAAGUUGAAACCAGUAACACUCUUAGUUUUAUAAUGAAACCUGCUUCUUUAAUUGCUAAUUAAAUACAAAAUAUGAUUAAAAAUAAAAAAGGAACAACAAUGGGACCAGUUAAACUGUACACUGAAUUUUGGACUGAAUUUAAACGUAGCAGCAAGCACAGUGCUGUAUCACAUAGACAAAAGAUAGAUAAGUUGCAGAUACCUUUUGGCACUCAGUGCCUUUUCCCUAUAACAGGGGCAGGCAACCUUUUGCAAAUGUAUUAAUGCUUGUCUGAUCAAUGGUACCGCCUUGACUACCAAUGAAUUUUGAUUGAAAUAAUAUGUAUUUGUAACAUGGAAUGAAUAGGUAGCACCUAAAUAUAUGAUGAAAGAGAAAAAAAAAAAUAUGAGGCUAUCGCGCAUGAACGGCAAAACAACACGCUGCGCCAAUUGCAAUCUCCUCAUGGAGAUACAUUUAAUCAAUGUAUCUCUAUGAGGAACUGCCAGCGCCUCCAUGCAGAACGUAGAGACGAUGAACGACAGUGCUGCACAGUGUGUAGCACUGACCCAGGGAGCACCUCUAGUGGCCGUCUGAUUGACGACCACCGUAGGCAGCAAUAUAAACACUGUAUUUUCUCUGAAAAGGCUGUGUUCACAUUAAAAAGCUGCAGGCUAAAAAGACGGAAAUACUACAUAUAGGUGCACGGUUUUGAUAGUGAAGGGAUUACAAAGAAGUAAGAAUAAUUAAUGCAUUUGCAUACAUUUUGCUAUAAAUCUGUUGUGCAUCCCUACACUUGGGGCCUCACUAUAUGUUCUAGAGUUCGAUGAAACAACUUGAGGAGCAGAAUGUAACGUUCUAUUUUUUUUUUUAUUUUUUUUUAAUGUUUUACUUUUUACUGACCUGGGGUUCUAUGCUGUAAGUUCACACUGAGAAUAUGCAUUAUUGCAGUGAUGGUCAAGAAUUAUGACAAGUAAGAUCUGGUUCACCUUGAUCAUUCAUACGAUUAGUUUCUUGUUAGUAUGAUAAAGGUUUUGUGAUAAUAAAACUAACCCAGUGUAUCUGUGUUAUAGCUUAUAUCUUUACUAACCCUUUGGAAAAGGUCCAUCUUCAAGCUGUACUGUAAGAAAAAAAUAAGACCAAGUCACAGAUUUUCAGGAUGCCCAUGGGGUCCAAAGUUGUUCGGAUUACUUCCAUACAAUCUGUAUUGCAGUCUGCCUAUUUUACAUGCGAAGGUAACUAAAUAAUUAUGUUUCAAAAAGCAGAUGGUUUGGCUGUUAGAAGCACUGACUGCCUACAAUAUCUUCAGUAUGCGCAUUGUUAUUUUAAACUUAAAUCACAAACUUGUUUGUAUUGAAAUAGUUUUUGAAUUAAUACUUACAUACCUCCAAACCCCAGUGUCCUGUGAAGCAGGACACUGGCGGGAGGGAUAAAAGGGGAUAGGUCAAUUAAAUGAUUUGCAUCACUGGCUCUGCCCAAAGGGAGACAUCAGGGAUCAAAGUCGGGACUGCAGGACAGGGAUCAAAAAUCUAGACUGCCCCGCCGAAAUUGGGAUGGUUGGGAGGCCUGAUACAUAUGCAAUAUUUACACUUUUACAAAAAGUCUGAGAAUGGUUUACUUUUUUUCAGACUAUUUUUAAAAAAAUAUUUCACAUAGUUCCCAGCACUCCUGUAUCUUUAUUUGGAAUUGUCCCAAAAAGCACAGUGUAAUCUUGUCACUAAAAGUUAUGGCUGUGCAAGGCCAUCACAGAGCAUUUCUGAUGUUGUGAGAGCUCUUCUGCAGCUUACUGCACAUGUGCAGGCCGGAAAGUCAGCACACGUUUGUGCAUGGCUUAGGGCAUUCUUGUUUCUGUGCAACACCAAUGGCAUUGUGUCAUAGUCAUGUCUGUGUCUCCCAUUAAAAUGUUAUAACUCUCCUUUUUGAGAGGUGUGUUUCCACCCGCUAAGAAAUACCAGUAAAAGCAGAUCCUUCGUGUUUUUUGUUUUUAGCAAAAUAAAGUAAUCAGACUCUUACUAUUGGGGAUAUUUAUCAAGGUAAAAAGGUGCUAAACAAGAUGCAGUCACCAUAGACGUAGAAUUCCUUCAGACAUAUAAUAUUUUGUCCUAGAAUUGCUUCUACAUGCUGCUUGUGGAGUUGUUUGUGCGUGUGCGUCGGGUGGGGGGGGAAGAGGUGCUGGUGGGGUUAUGUAUUAUUUAUUACUGGUAUUUAUAAAGCGCCAACAGAUUCCACAGUGCUGAACAAUUAGUGGAGAACGUACAUGUGUAUGUGGAUGGAGCUGUUUGUCAUGUAGAGUGUGUGUUAAAGGACCACUCUAGGCACCCAGACCACUUCAGCUUAAUGAAGUGGUCUGGGUGCCAGGUCCUUCUAGGGUUAGCCCAUUUUUUUAUAAACAUAGCAGUUUCAGAGAAACUGCUAUGUUUAUGAAUGGGUUAAGCCUUCCCCCAUUCCCUCUAGUGGCUGUCUCAUUGACAGCCACUAGAGGCGCUUGCGUGCUUCUCACUGUGAUUUUCACAGUGAGAGCACGCAAGCGUCCUUAGGAAAGCAUUGUAAAUGCUUUCCUAUGUGACGGGCUGAAUGCGCGCGCAGCUCUUGCCGCGCGUGCGCAUUCAGCCCAGGAGGAGGAUCGGAGGAGAAGAGGAGGCAGAGAGCUCCCCGCCCAGCGCUGGAAAAAGGUAAGUUUUAACCCCUUUCCCCUUUCCAGAGCCGGGCGGGAGGGGGUCCCUGAGGGUGGGGGCACCCUCAGGGCACUAUAGUACCAGGAAAACAAGUAUGUUUUCCUGGCACUAUAGUGGUCCUUUAAGGGGGAUGGUGGCUCUAGUGUGUGUGUGUGUGUGUGUUUGAACUGCCCGGUUUAAGUGUGGGGUAGAUAUUAUUUGCCUAAAGUAAAUAAAGGCAAGUAAUCCUAUUACUUUUUACUACUCAUCCUUCUUUUGGUAUUAGUUAAAAGUUGCAUUAAAGGAGCGUGCAUAUAUGCUUUUUGUAGUGGAUGAUAGGAUACUAUAGACAAGAUUUUUUUAUUUUUUUAAAUCUUCUUUCAAAUCAUGUUUUAUUACACAAUUAAUAGAAUUAAUAUCAGUGUUUCUUAAUAUUAAAAGGAUACUACAGCCACCAAGACCAUUACAUCUCACUGAAGUGGCCUGGGUCCAGUGAUCCUGUCCUUUUAGCUCAGCCAUGUAAAGCACUGCAGUUUUUUUAGAAACUGCAAUGUUUACAUUACAGGGUUAAGUCCACCUCUAGUGGCUGUCAGUACUACAAGUAAAUUGCGGUCAUGUAAUGCAGAAGCUCCACAGGAAAGCAUCGAUUCAAUGCUACUCAUAGAAGGCCAUGCCUUCUUCGUGAAGAUGCAAGAGGCAAAGAUGUAAGCAGCAAAGAAAGAGCAUCGGAACUGGAAGAAGGUGAGUAAUUUUUAUUCUUUUUAAUUAGAUUUUAGUCCACCCAAGGAGGGGAGCCUGAAUUAGAGUAUACAAUUUUUUUUUCAUAACGCCAUAAUGUUCUUUUAAAGCAGCUCUCUCACCAUAUUGGAUCUUUGCAUAAUUUUCAAAGACCUCAGACAGUGACAUCGCCGGUGAGUGUCCAGUGGUCCGAGGGGUGCAGGGGAAGUUGAGUUAUACCUACCUGAAGUUGUCCCUCGUAGGCACUACCAUGCUCGUCCUUCCAGUCCUCUUCAGCUCCUGGUGUUUUAAUUGCCAUUAGCCAGCGCUAGUGCUCUUGCGUGAUAGUACAGCACUGAAGUCUGUAGAGGAUCCCAUGAGAUUGCAGGUUGCUCCAUAUACAGAGCCUUUUUCCCUCAGCUGUCUAAGCUGAAAGGGCUUGAAUUCACCUUUUUGUCAAGCAGGGGAAAAAUAUUAGAACAAAGUAAUCUCUACUUUAUCUUAGUAUAUCUUUUCACUGGGAUGGAAUGUCAGUCAAAUUCCAACACAGUCAAUGUGAGUCUUUUUAUAAAAAAAAUGUAAAAAAGUUAUCUUUAGGAAAUACUCCUUUUAGGAGGUUGACAGAGCCACUUAAAUAUAAAUGUCUGUAUCCCAGAAUCUGCUAAAAUUAUUAUUUAUAAAAAAGGUUGUAUAUCUUUUACUGCUGCUAAUGAAGACUCUGGUAGACGUGGUAAUAUUUACUCCCAUUUACUCCUUUCCAGGCUUGUCUUUGAGCAGUUCCGCAGUUUUUCCAUGCUUGAAUUGAAGUACCAGUCUCUUCAGACAAGAUCGGGAGCAUUGGAGGAGGUGGAAGAUAAAAUAAAGCUUAUUUUUGGAAAGGUAAAUAUAACUGGUUUCACUUUGUAUUAUGUAUGUAUUUUUUUAUGUAUGUAUUAUUUAAUCAUUUUGUGGAUUUAGUUAUUUGUUCUCUGUCUAGUAUUUAAAGGGACACUCCACUGCCCAAAUACAACUUCAAAUACAAAAAUCACUAUUUAGUAAGUAUACACCCAAUGAAAAUAUGCAUGCAUUUAUUUGUGUAUUUUUCAUUGGGUAUAUCUAAAACAGGUUGCAAAGCUGCAGAUCUCUUAUCUUACCUUCCCCAGUCCAGUUUUAUUUUGUCUGUUAAAUCACAGACUUUCUAAUGCAGCUCAUUGAAAAUGAAUUGCAAGGCAAGUGCUAUGAGCAAUUGCCUUCCUCUUGAGUUUAGCUCCACUGAACUAAACUACCAGGAAGUAGUAGGACCGGUUAUUUGAUUGACAGGCAGGAGGUGUAACAAGGUAAAUUUUAUAAAAUUGUCAGUUUGUAUUAAAAUCUGCAAUUUUUGUAAAAGACAAAAAAAGAGGACACGGUCUUGACACUCAGCAAACUCAAGUGCUCUGUGGUCCAGUAAGUACUACAGAUUAGUGAUGUCUGUAGACCCUCCCACCUCCUGGACAGCAUCCAUUUUACAUUCAUUGUAAAGCUGCAUUCUUAGUGAGCUGUCCAGGAGGUGGGACGGUCUGGGAGAGAGGGUCUGCUGCUGAUUGGCUGGAAUGUGUCUGCUGACUGUGAGGUACAGGGUCAAAGUUUACUCAAUGAUGAGUCCGCGGCGAACCGUUCAUGGCGAACCGUUCGCGAUCCGUUCGGGACAUCACUACUACAGAUGUAUCCUCACCAUACCUUACUGAAGCUGUGGUACUUUAGUAUAUCAUUUGAAUUAGAAUAUUCACAUUGAAAAUAAGUUUGAAGUCUCCUUUGACAAUUAACCAUUGACUAAUCAUCAUCGGACCACCAAAAUGACAAGUUCUGGCAGUUUUCUCACUGCUUACAUUUGUAGCCCAUUGUUGGUGUAGAUUCCAAACAUCUGAGUCCUUUCCAAACAGGUCUUGAUCUCUGGUCAGUUAGUAAUGUAUGCUAGCACUGAAGCAUUUUUAACUUGAAAGACCUUAGAAGACUCAUCUGAUCACACAUUGUCCAAGAUAGUUGAAUAUCUCACGAAGAGAUACUACAGGCUGCUUCCAGCCAUGCAUACAUCCACCAACAUGGAGAGACAGCAAUAGUUUUGUCACAGUUUUAUUUAAUUUUUUUAACUUAGUGGCAUUGUAUAGUGUUCAAUGUAUUGACAAGUUCCUGCAGCUAUGGGAAAUUCAAGAACUGUAGCAUUUUGGACAUCAGGAGACAUCAUAGAUGGGGACACAAAUGUUCAAUGGCUACCUAUAAAUAGGCCAGUACUACAUGAUAAAAGGGCAAAAUAGUCAAACCUGUUCUUUUGGUUCCAUAUUCAUCUUUUUUGCCAAGGGCUAAAAAUUAAUAUAUAUAUAGUUAUCUGUAGUCUAUAUCAUCAUUUAUUCCACCUGCCGUAAUAUAUUUAAUGCCAGUAUAAUUGUGAGUAUCUAAGUUUUCGCAACUGUCUUUGUUUAUUAAAAUCAUUGUGCUUUUUUGUUUCCUAUUUUUUUUUUUUACAAUGUUCAGCCUAGCGUCUGAUUAAAAAUAAAUAAAUAAAAUAACCCUCUUCCUUUAAGGUUUUGGUAUAUUUAUUUACUUUAUUGUCUUGUUGUUUCUUUUUUCCUCUUUUUGCAGUUGGAAAUAAAUAGAAAGAAACUUUUUUGUAAGAGGCUUACUUAGCUUAUCUUCUUUGACUCUUUGCUUACUCUGUGCAGCUUAUCUUGUAAUACAUUUAUUGAAGCCAUCUGUCUGUGUAUGUUAAAUGGUCUAGGUACAUGCUGUAAUCAGGUCAAGCUAGAUUGGUGGCUUUGAAUGCAAAGAAUUAUACUCUGUCACUUCUAUGAAGAUUUUAUAAGUAACAACCGAAUUUAAGUUACAACUAAAUUUAAGAUGGACUUGUCACAAAGUGUGGAUGACAAUGUGUAGAUUAAAUUACAUACUUACCAGUUGUUUGCUUUCUGAUCUGGGCUGUAGGCCAUAUGUAUCUCUGUACAUUCCCACAAUGCCCAGCAUGGUUUCCCACAAUGUCAGUGUGCAGCCAAAGACCAAUCAAUAUUUGAUGCUGCACUACACGUUGGAAGGGAGCACACAUUCAAAUUGCUUGUAAAUUGUAUAUUAAUAGCAUGGCAUAUAGAUAAUUAAGGUAAACCCUGCAGUUCAUAUACACAUUUGGCAGUAGUUUGGUUAGCACAGUGUAUAAGAUAAAUUCUAUACUCUCUAAAGUGCCGCCAUGUAAUAUUUGCUUUAAACGUUCACUUUAAUUAAAUGACAGAUGUAAGUAACAAGAUCAUUAAGUGGAAGGUAGAUAAACUCCAAUACGUUAGUGUAUUUUCCUGUAUGUACUCUCAGAGCACCAGUUCUAGUCUAGUUCCUGACAACCAAAAUCAUGUUUCAUUUCUUUAGUUUUUUUUGUCUACAAUUCCAGUUUUCCACCACUAGUGGUUUCCCUAGCCACUAGUCUUAAUCCACAGCCUCUCUCACCUGCCUUGAAAAAAUGACUACAUCUGAUUAAACUAUAAAGAGCCAAACUCUGCACAGAAGGGGGCCUUUACAUUGAUUGAAGUUUAUGGUCUACCUGAAAGAAAUUCAGAUUUUGGCUCCUCUAAACAUACAUGAAACUAAACUGCUUUAUAUUACCAACCGGAUCUAAAAGGGACACUGUAGGCACCCAGACCACUUCAGCUAAUUGGAGUAGUCUGGCUGCUGUGACCCUUUUGCACUUAGUGCUACAAUGUGCAAUGUGCAGUUCUAAGUCUGCCCUCUGUGGCUGUCUACCGGACAUCCACUAGAGGGCUUCCAGAAUCCAAACUGACUUUUGGUCCGUUAGACGUCCAGCGUCAGAUUUUCCCCAUAGGAAAGCACUGAAUAAUGCUUUCGUAUGGGGGAGGUCAAAUGCUCACGCGGCCAUUGCUGCCAUGUGCAUUAGGUGUCCCUGGCCGGCUGGCGUCGGCAGGGGAGGAGCGUAAGUGGAGCCUGACCCAUUGCCGAGGGACAUCGGCACUUGAUUCAGGUAAGUGGCUGAAUGGGUUUUAACGCCUUCAGCCCACCGAGAGAGACCUAUUAACCCACUAUAGCCUGCUUUAUACCAACCUGAUCUACACUACUAACCUGCUUUAUAUUACCAGCCUGCUUUAUACCAACUUGAUCUACACUACUAACCUGCUUUAUACCAACCUGGUUGGUAGUGUAGAUUAGGUUGGUAUCAUAAAGCAGGUUGGUAUAAAGCAGGUUAGUAGUAUAGAUCAAGUUGAUAUAAAGCAGGCUGGUAAUAUAUUUAUAGCAGCACUGUUAUGUUUUGAUUUUUCUUUCUUUUACGCUUCUUUUCUUUAUGCCCCUUGUACCUUAAUGGAACACUCUAACUUUUGGAAUGCAAAUAUGUAUUCCUAACGCUUUAGUGUCUUAGCCACCAUUUAGGGGACCCCUAGGACUAAAAAAAUAAGUUAACUUUCCUUUUCUCCCACGCCGCAAUGCUCUCUCCACAGUCGGCUUCCUUGGCUGAUAACAUCAAUGUUGAUGAUCUCAUCCAAUGCAAUGUUUUCCCAUAACAUAGCAAUGGCUAGUGCACAUGCUCGGUAAAAAAGUGCUGUGCCAAUCAGAUGAUCUGUAUGAGAUCAUCUGAUUGAAAUAUUCAGGUUUUACUCAGCUAUUUCAUUGGAAGCACCUCUAGUGACUGUCAGUGGGACAGCCACUAGAGGCAUCCUAACUCUGCAAUGGAAACUUUGUCAUUUUUGCAGAUUGUUGCGAGGGCUACAAACAAUUGUGGUUACAUGUGGUUAUCCUGUUUCCACUAUGUGCAAAAAGUGACAAUAAAACAAAACACAAUGCCCACCCAAGGGUGUUGAUGACUGAUUUGCUGGAUAACUGGGUGUUGAUGACUGAUUUGCGCACACAGGAAAUUGUUAUUAGUUAAAGACAAUUAUGCUUGUCAUCUCCAACCAGUUUUUAUCCACUGAUAUCAAUGAAUAACCGGAGCACUGAGGAAUGCAUUAGAUAGAUUCAUCUGGAAUUAACAGCCUACAAUUAUUGAGAAUCUCUUGUAAUUGAUGUUAAGGUUGAAAUAUUUGGGAUUAUAAUCCUCAUCGACUCCCCUCUUAGUUUGGCACAGUCUCCAGCUGUCAAUACCAAUUCACGGCUACCCCAUCAAACAUUUUAUUUUGGGAUGGUCAUGACACCCCCAAAUGCAUCUGAAGAUGGCUGGCAUCUUGAACAUGGCUGUUGCAUUAUUCAAAAGCAUUAGAAUCCAAGGGUCCAGUAAGAGAUCUUCCCUUUAAAGCAUCUGUUGUGUAUGAUAUAAGUGUUACCACUGUAAGGGAGGAAUUCACUAAAUGCCUGCUAAAACUAGAAUAGAGUGCUAAUUGUUUAACAAAAAGCCUGGGAGGCCACACGUUUUCAGUUAUGUGGAUGAAAUUCAUCCUUCCAUGCUUCUAUUUGCUGUAUGUACCUGCUAUUCUAUAGUCCUGUUCGUCCGUGGGGGACACACCUAGCAUACCAUAAAAUGUUAACUUUAAAGGGACACUAUAGUCACCUGAACAACUUUAGCUUAAUGAAGCAGUUUUUAGUGUAUAGAACAUGCCCCUGCAGCCUCACUGCUCAAUCCUCUGCCAUUUAGGAGUUAAAUCCCUUUGUUUAUGAACCCUAGUCACCAGGGCUGCCAUCAGAAAUUUUUGGGGCCCCUGACACAGCUCAAGGUCUGGGCCCCGGUGCCUGCACCCGAGUCGCCCAAAGUGCUGUCCCGAGUCCGCCCACAGGAAUGCAGUGCUGCAGGGCCGGUGUAAGGAAUUUUGCCGCCCUAGGCAAAAGUAAAGUUUGCCGCCCCACCCAUAUGAUCUGCCAUGUUAACUAACACCAGUGCUGCAGUGCUGCCGUGUUUACAUUAAAAGGCCUGCAGGGACAGUCUAGACACCAGAACCACUACAUUAAGCUGUAGUUGUUCUGGGGACUAUAGUGUCCCUUUAAUGUGAGGUAAAUGAGAGAUUAGUGCCACAAAUAAUAUACUAGAUUGCCUACUUACAAACAGAUGAGGAUGAUUAUGGGCUCUAGCUGCAGUCUGGCUCCACUGGUCUGGUGUAGAACAGGCUCUCUGGAGGCGUUUUGUAACUGUGGUCACAAAAAUCAAUGUUCUGGGAUCAACGGGAAGCAGCUCCAUUUUUUUGAGGGCCCUUUACACAGCUCAAUGUCUGGGUCCCAGGAUCCACCUUCAUGUUCCACCAAUGAGUUUGUUCACAGGGGGUGGAGUGUGUGUGGGGGGAUGUCCUGAUGUGUGUAAGGAAUGCAUUGUGUGAAUCUGUGUUUGUAUGUGUAAGGGCUGCAAGGUGAGUUUGUGUAUGUAUGGGAUGCAGUGUGUGCGUCUGUAAGGGAUGCAUUGAGUGUGUGUAAGGGGUGCAUUGUGUGUAUUGCUUGUGUAUGUGUGUCUGUGUGUAAUGCAUUGUGUGUUUUUCUGUGUGCAAGGGGUGCAUUGUGUGUGUGUGAUGGAUGUCAAUCUCUCCCCCUCCCCCCCCAUCAAUUUCCUUCUCCCCCUCCCCCGUCAAUUUCCUUCUCCCCCCUCCAAUUUCCUUCUUCUCCCCCUCCCUCCCUCUCUCCAAUUUCCUUCUUCUCCCCCUUUCUCAAAUUUCCUUAUUCUCCCCCUCUCCUUCUUCUCUCCCCUCUCCAACUUCUCCCUCCACUUCCUUCCUCUCUCCCCUCAAAUUUCCCUUUCCCCCCACUCCCAAAUUUCCUUCCCCCCCAAAUUUCUUCUCCUCCUCACCUCUUCCUUCUCUCCCUCCCUCACUCCAAUUUCCUCUCCCCUCCCUUAAAUUUCUUUCUCCUCCCUCCUCCCUUGAAUUUCUUCCUCCCAUCCCUCCUCAAAUUUCCUCUCCUCCCUCCCUCCCCUAAAUGUCCUUUUCCUCCUCCUCACAAAUUUCCUUCUCCCUCCCUAAAUUUCUUCCUCUCCCUCCCCUAAAUUUCCUUCCUCCUCCCUCCAAUUUCUUUUCCUCCCUCCUCCACUUUUUCCUCCCCCUAAAUUCCUUUCCUCCCUCCUUCCAAUUUCUUUCUCCCCUCCUCCCCCUCCAAUUCUCUCUUUCAUCCCUUCCCUCCUAUUUCUUUUCCUCCUCCUCCUAUACUCUUCUUCUAUCCCUCCCUCCCUCCCUCCAAUUUCUUUCCUCCCCCCCCUGACACCCGGUGGCCAGCGCGCGAGGGAGCACUCUCCUCUGCUGCUUCCUCUUCAGCCCGCUCGCGCGCCACGUACUGAUGCCGGAGCCGGAAGAUGGCGUCAUCUUCCAGCUCCGGCAUCAGUACGGUGCGCGAGGGAGCUGAAGAGGAAGUAGCAGAGGAGAGUGCUCCCUCGCGCGCCGGCUGGCUGUCAGGGCCAACCUCUGGGGGGCCCUGAGGUGACCGGCUGCUGGGCCCCCAGGAGAAGAGGCUGGCCCUGUGGGUACAUACCGGGUCGCAGGGCCCCCUGCGACCCGGUAUGUACCCACAAUGUGGGGCCCAGAUGACCUGAGCAGUCCGGGCCCCCCAGGACCGCCAGGCCCAUGACAACCGUUACGGUUGUCAUGCCCUGAUGGCGGCCCUGCUAGUCACACCUCCCUGCAUGUGACUUGCACAGCCUUCCAUAAACACUUCCUGUAAAGAGAGCCCUAUUUAGGCUUUCUUUAUUGCAAGUUCUGUUUAAUUAAGAUUUUCUUAUCCCCUGCUAUGUUAAUAGCUUACUAGACCCUGCAAGCGCCUCAUGUAUGUGAUUAAAGUUCAAUUUAGAGAUUGAGAUACAAUUAUUUAAGGUAAAUUAUAUCUGUUUGAAAGUGAAACCAAUUUUUUUUUUUCAUGCAGGCUCUGUCAAUCAUAGCCAGGGGAGGUGUGGCUAGGGCUGCAUAAACAGAAACAAAGUGAUUGAACUCCUAAAUGACAGUGAAUUGAGAAGUGAAAUUGCAGGGGAAUGAUCUAUACACUAAAACUGCUUUAUUUAGCUAAAGUAAUUUAGGUGACUAUAGUGUUCCUUUAACAUGUUGAACUUUAGACUUCUUUGAAACACAUGCUUCUAAUUCCUGAGACAAUGGAAUGCCCUGACCCUUAUUUUAUUUAAAAAAAAUUUAUUAUUUGUAUAUGACAUAAAAUGUCAAAAAUAUAUCAUAUAUGACAAUAUUAAAAUAUUUUUCAAAAGCUUACAUAAUUUUAAAUGUUUACCUAAGGAUAUUGGGUCAUUUGGUAAACUUAUCCAAAAAUAUUGUAUUGAGGGUUACGCUUCAGUUGCAAUGUUACUUGUAAUACAUUUACAAAAUCUUUGUCUAUUUUAUUUUGAAUAUAUUAACUAUAAAAAAAUAAAAAUUCCUAACCCUGCUACAAAUUACCAGAAUAAAAUAUAUUAAAAUAAUACUUAUCAGGGGAGGAGCCGGACGCCAGGCAUGAACGGUCGCACUGUCACUGCGCUCCGUAGAAACGACCACAAAAACGCUAAAAAUCGGAGCCCCACGGCACAAUCAGAGGCACCAAAUAGCCCCUGGGGCUAUCCCAGCUCAAGAGCAACAGGCUGAUGCCUUUUUUGUACUCCCAAACGGGCAGAAAGACCCAACAGAAGGCAGGGCCUACAUCGCCUACCAAGCCACGAGAUUUGCGCCGGAAACCACAGCGCUAGGAGUGCACCCAGACGAGUACCUUCUGACAAGUGCCACGACGCCGGACGAAUACACCAUGGGCCGAAAAUCUCAACGACCCACGCAGACCUCUGGCAGAACCACGCAGGACAUAGGCGACCUGCUGCAGAGGCCGAUGGCGCCCUCACCGGACCGCACACCAACCCUCCAAGACGAAGGUGAGCAAUCAGGGGAUGAACAGGAACUGCCAGCCGCUCAACCAAAUAGGGGGACACAGGCUAACAGGGACAAUCUCACACCGGCUACCAAACAAGAUAUAGCCGACCUGUUAAACGAAAUGAGACAAAUGCAUGCAGCGGAUAUAGAACUGCUGAGGACGGAGAUGCAGACAGUAACUACACGUACUCAGGCCACAGAGGAGGAUAUCCUAGAACUGAGACAGGAGGUAAAGGGGCUAAAAGAACAUGUACUGCAAAUCCAGGCAUCCCAAUCCAACCUCACGACGAGACUGGACCUUACAGAGGACCGCAACCGACGCACCAAUUUAAAACUAAGGGGAAAAUCGGAUAGUGUUGACUCCACAGAACUGCCCCACUAUCUCAGACGCCUCACAGCCACACUCCUACCGCAUGCGCAAGCCAAAAAAUUCUCACUAGACUGAUUUUUUCGGAUCAGAAAUGCCAGACAAGCACCGGCCGCAGUUCCACAAGAUAUCAUCAUCCGGUGCCACUCAAUGGUGGACAAAAUCAUGCUUCUUGCAGCAGUUAGAGGAAAGACACCGCUCGCAUUCGAGUCAUCCCACAUCACCUUUUACCAGGACUUAACCAGAAACACGCUGUUAUGGCGCAGGUCCCUAGACCAGGUAACAAGCCGACUCUGUGAAGCCAAAAUAGACUACAAAUGGACUUUCCCAAGGAAUCUGACCGUAACCAAAGAAGGCACCACGCACAAUCUCUCAUCACUACAGGAGGCCGGGCAGUUUCUGGGCACACUGGGGAUCCACGGCAGAACCACAGAGCAAGAACCACCCACGACAUCACACGCUUGGGACCCGGAGAGAAUGACCUAAUUGUCCCCAGGAACAGGGAGACCUGACUUGAACCGCAAAAACCGCAGCAAGCCAGCACACAACACAUUACUCUGUUGCCUUGUUACUUUAUGAUUUACUAUACUGCCAUUGUUUGUUUAACCUAAAAAUCUACUCAUGCUUUACCAUAAGUACUACUGUUCCCCCACCAGACGAGACCGAAUAUGACAUGUAGAACGCCAUAAGCUGCCGGGAGACUACACCUUCCUCCCCCUCCCCCCCACAACUCCCUCGGUAAGGAGUCUCAUCCCAACCUACUGGACGAACACGACGGUACCAAAGGGCUCUCAGAGUGACAACCACUCGAACGCACACAAGCGAACACAUGCUGACACCACACUGACUUCACAGUAUCAACCCACAGGCAUAAACUCCACUAAGGGAAGCCACUCACGCACGCAAGUAUCCCCACCAAGAACACACGAAGGAGCACAAACACGCAAACGAUCAACCCAGGACCGACUACCCACGGACAUCCCCUAGGGUUAACCGCCCCCUACACUAAUACUUUCCUAGUACUAGACAGGGAUAGACACAAAUCUAAUGCCUACCCUCACGCUAUCUUAGUUCGACCCAAGUUGACCCGUUAUUAAAAAAUGUGCAGACUUAGCAGACCUCACAACAUGGAACUGACAGAUAAAUAUAUGCUUAACAAAUUUGUGAUGUCAUGAAAGGAUUGAGAAACCUGGAGGGCUGUUGUGGCCCAACGGGCUGAAUUGUAACUAAUUUUGCACGGAAAAAUAAAGAAUUAAAAAAAAAAAACUUCUUUUAAAGUAGAUCCAUAUACAAAUUUUAUUGUACAAAGAAAAUAUAUAAACAUGCUUAUUGUGUACAUAAGCCUUAUAUGAAUGAAAUGAUUUUAAAAAAGGUAGAUCUUUUGGUAUAUGCAAUGGGACCUUGAAGGUAGUUCUUGAUCUUUUGAUCGGGUGCUUCCAACUUAAGAAAUACCUUAUAAAUAAACUGUAAAUUUAGUGUAAUCCAGCAAACAAUCAGCAUAAUAGAAAUGUAUAAAUGGUUAAACUCACGUUACUAGAUCACAUAUCGCUUUGACAUUUCAAAGAUUCCAUUUUAAGAGAUAUUUAAGGUGUAAUACCUUCCCUUCAGAGCAGGGGUGUCCCCCGCGGCCCGGGACCGCUGGCAGUGCGGCCUGGUUGCAGUCUGGGUGGUGAGGGCAGAGCUGGACUAGCGCGGCUCCUGGGGCCGGACAGACAGUUCUAAUCAUUAAAAAAGGCAUUUAAAUUAUUUUCCCCUUGGACUGUGACAGCCUGUGUCACUCCGAGGGGAUUGAAGAUAGAGGUGCUGGGGAUGGCUGCAGCCGCGUUUAGUGUGCUGGCGGCAACAAUUCCCUGCAAUUCUGUGCCCAAGCCCUGCCUCCGACACGCAAGUCCUGUCGCCCUCAGACCACAAGCUCCAACCCCGCAUUCAAGCAGGAUAAGGUCAAAAAUGGCCCCCACAGUCUUCAGUGCAAGGUAAGCUUCAGUUUGUCAGUGACUCUGUGUGUAUGCUAGUGAGUGAGCUUGUAUGUUUGUCUGUCAGUGCAAUUGCUUGUAUUGAGCAUGUGUAUGUGUCAUUAAUUUUUUGCAUAUGUGUGUGUGUGUGUGUAUGUAUGUAUGUGUGUAUAUAUAUAUAUAUAUCUCAUGUAGUGUGUGUGGGGGGGGGUCUGUGAUUGUGUGUAUAUCUUUGAUUAUGUGUGUGAAUGUAUGUGAUUGUGUUUGUAGGUAUGUCAUUGUAUGUGUGUGUAUGGGUCUGAUUUUUGUGUGCAUGGGUCUGUGAUUGUGUGUAGAGGUCUGUGAUUGUGUAUGUGUGGCUCUGUGAUUAUGUGUGUAUGUAUGUUACUAUGUGUAUAGGUCUGUGACUGUAUGUGUGUGUGUGGGUCUGUGUGUGUGUAUAUUUGGAAUUGUGUGUAUAGUUCCGGGAUUGUAGGUGUAUGUGUGUACAUCUGUGAUUAUGUGUGUGUAUGUGGUUGUGUAUAGGUCUGUGAUUGUACAUGUGUGUGUCUGUGAUUGUGUUUAUAUUUGUGAUUGUGCACAUAGGUCUGUGAUUGUAUGUGUGUCUGUGAUUAUGUGUGUAUAGGUUUGUGAUUGUGUGUGUGUAUAUCUGCAGUUAUGUGUGCAUAUGCAUAUACAUGUGUAUAUGUUUAGUAGAUAGCUCCCUAAUUUGGUAUCCUUUAAUAUGGCAAUCCCACAUAAGGAUAACAAAUAAGGGAUUUAUCUACUAAACAAUUGAAAUAUCAAAACUAAGAAAGGGGGUUUUGAAGUUUUAUUACAUAAAUUAAUUAUAUUAUAGAUUUUAUGUGUGGCUCAAGGCAAUUCCUCAGCGCUCAAUGCGGCCCAGGGAAGCCAAAGGUUGGACACCCAUGCUUUAGAGCAGGGGUCAGCAACCUAUGGCACGUGUGCCAUGCAUGGCACUCAGGGUGCCUUUGCAUGGCACUCAAGGCUUCUAGAGCUAAACAGGCUCUGGCCUAACAGGAGUCCCAGUGGAACUUUAGAUAUCUGUUAGUGCAAAAAGGUGGUGAGGGACAAUCCUCAAUUAAUGCAUUACAGCACUUAGAGGAACUCCCAGCAAUUUUGAACCUGAAACCACACUGGAGUAGUGCUGCCUGCAGCAGCUAUUGCAACUUCUGCCUACCACCUGUACCUGGCCAGUCCAAUCCCCACUGGACCCCAAGGAAGCCAUGCACGCUGCUAGAUAUGCACUGAGCUACAGAAUAAGCCUCACCCUUAUACAAAAAAUACAAACAAACCACUCAUAAACACACACACACUGUCCCCACAGACACACCACUGACAAUCCACAUACACGCACACAACUCCACAAGCAGCCUCUCGCAUGCAAUACCACAAGCAGCCCCACACAUACACACACACACCAAACACACUAUGUGACAUAUUAUUCACUCACACAAUUCCACAAGUAGCCACCAUACACAUCCCGCAUUCAUUGGUAUCAUGCAUAAUACCACAAACUACUCAUAAAUAUAUACAAUAUAAUAGCCCAUAUACGCACAAAUAGAUCAAAGCAACUACAUUGAGCACCCAUAAAUAACACAAGCACAAUACAUCAACAUACACACCUUAAUUUACAAAAGUAAGUACACCAAGGGACUUCACAAUCUUAUUUUGGCACAGUACUACUAAAAGGUUGCCUACCCCUGCUUUAGAGCAUAUGUUGUGAUGACACAUACAGUGCUUCCAUCUUCUUCAGUUGAACAGUAAGGGUAACUAUGUUAAGUACCACUAUUAUGGGUACACAGAGAUUUUCAGUCAAGAGGUCUGUGGUAGUCUUAUGCACACCAAAGAAGAGAGGGGAAAAUGAGGAGAUACUAGGAUUGUAAAGAGGGUCAAAGUGGCUUGGAACUGAGCCAUUUGGGAGGUGUAGAAAAAACAAUAAUCUCUGUUCGCAAUCUGUUCGCAAUCAAAUAAAUUGCUGUAAUUUCACAUGUGCACAUUUAUCUUUCUAAUUAUCUGCCUUCAAAUCUUAUAUGCAGAAUUCAACUAAACUACAAUUAUUUAACUAUACAAUAGAAAAUUAAAAUGUAUAUGGUGCAUAAAGUCAUUAUAUGUACAUAAAGCCAUAAACCAUAUAUAGUAUAUUAAAGCGGCCCUGCAAUGUGGCACCUGUUUCUUAAUGAUUGUACUUCCCCCAUUGCCACAUGCCCUUAAUUAUAUUUAUUAUCUUUUCUUCUUUGUGCCAGAUCCCAAUAAGUGGGUACAGUCAUUUUAUUCUCCUCUGUCGUGAUGUCUGCUGCUUGUCCUUCUGAUUGGUUGUAGAUACAUGUAAUUGGCAACUUAAACAGAACAUUGCUUUAAGCUCCACCUAUUGUCAAGUUGUGUCAACUUGACUGCUAUGCAGAUAAGGGAAAGUAAUUACAAAAGAGCGCUCAGGAAAUAAAUAAAUAGAGAUUCAGAAACAGGGAACUAUGUAGAAGCAAAAGGUUAUAUUUGGUGACAGAGCCACUUUAAGCCAUAAGCCAGUUACGAUUAUUUGUUAGGAAUCAUUCUCUUUUGUACAGUCAUAUAUUUUAUUAAGCACUUGGACAUUUCUUUGUGUUACUAAUACAGCUUGCGUCUACUGAGAACAUCCUGGCUGAAGCCACAACAUCGUCUUCUGUAGUGAACCGUUUACACCAACAAUUGUCCAGUCUCCAUGAUGACAUAGGCAACAUGCAAAACAAAGAACAAUUGCUCUCUUCAAAGAUGCAGCAUACUAAUAUGAGGUUCCAGAACAUCACUGACAAGUGGAAAAAAAGCCUGGAUGACAUGGACCUCCAUACCAGUUCAGUUAAAUCAGAGGUCAGAGCCUUCCAUAACCAGUUUACUGAAAAAAUAAAUGCUGCUGACCACAGACUUAAACUUGUAUCCAAUAGGCUUAAAGAAAUGGAUGAUAGUACAUUGAGGAACAUGAGAACAGUAAAAAGGCAUGAAGAAGAAGAGUUUUCACGCAUCAAAGAGGAACUUGAAUUGGAUACAAGAGCUGUCAAGGAAUUGGAGAAACAACAAAGUGAUUUAAUUAACAUAAAUGAAGAUAUAAAACAGAGCUUGGUAGAGUUUCAACCGAAGCUGAGUGAAUGCAUUCAGCAUUUGCCUGCCAUUGAAAUUGCUGUCCGCACCCUUCUCAAGGUGUCCAAUGAAAUGCAUGAGUUGGACAAGAAGAUAAAUGAGGUGUCCGUUCAGGUGUUUAAUACGGAGGACAACUUGCUGAAAGUUAUCACAGAGAUUCUGGAGAUCCAGCAUUCUCUAGAACGGCUGCAGUAUGACAAUAGCAUUUUGAAAAUGCAAAAUGACAUUUCUGUUUUGAAAGAAAAGACACAAGCAUUACUCUCCGAAAAGAAAUCUGACGUACGGUACCUACAAAAUGAAAAGGAACCAAUGAAUGAGGAUCAAAAUUAA